AUGGUUAGAGUAUUCGAGACCGAAGAAGACGGCAAAUCGGACGGGAAGUCCUGUUCGGUGAUCCGAGAAGAUCUCAAACAUUGCAUCUUAAGCACCGAUUGUGUCAGAAUUGUCGAAUCGGAAGACUCCGCGCGAAUGUCUUCGAGAAAGAGAUCCACUCCGCGCGAAUGUCUUCGAGAAAGAGAUCCGUCGGUUCCCGAAGAAUGCUUUCAAUUGACUCAUCUGUUGUUUGAAUGCAAACGAAGUUUGAUCGACUUCAGGACUCGUUUCAGAGGAAGGAAAGGCUAUUCAGGAAUUGAAUACUGAACUCACAAUUGGCUUAAAGUUUUAAAAUAUAUACUUUUAUUAUAAUAUUUAGUGAUUGAAUAAUAAAACACAAAAUGUAUAGAAAAUAAUACAAUAA